CCACUUCAAAGUUGCACCACAUUCAUGAAGCUGCCUUUGAAUGAAGCUGUUUCCAGUUACUUCAAAGGGGAUCCCUUGCUGAAGUCUUCAUAUAGGCUCAGUGCUUUCUGGAGCAACACUGCCCAUCAGUUGGUCCCCGAUGGGCUUCCUGGAAUAUUGGUGUGUUUAUUUGCAUCAGAUGUGCUGGGAUACAUAGAAAUCUUGGGGUUCAUAUAUCCAGGGUCAAGUCAGUCAACCUAGACCAAUGGACACCAGAACAGAUACAGCAGCUGGAAUCCAAAAGAUCUUGAAACCAGUCCUGAAAAGCUUGCUCCUAUGCAAGAAAUCCUGGUGGCUUUUGAAAGGAAGAUAGAGAACUAUUCUGCAAAAUUUCAAGUGGUAGUAGAGUGCAUGCAGGAUAUGGGAAAUACUAAAGCAAGACUACUCUAUGAAGCCAAUCUUCCAGAGAACUUUCGAAGACCACAGACAGAUCAAGCAGUGGAAUUUUUCAUCAGAGAUAAAUACGAAAAGAAGAAAUACUAUGAUAAAAAUGCUAUAGCUGUUACAAAUAUUUCUUCCUCUGAUGCUCCCCUUCAGCCUUUGGUAGCCUCUCCUUCUCUACAAGCUGCAGUUGAGAAAAGCAAAUUGGAGAAAGAAAAGGAAAAAAAAAAAGAAGAGAAAAAGAGAGAAAAGGAACCAGAAAAGCCUGCAAAACCUCUUACAACUGAAAAGCUACAGAAGAAAGAAGAUCAGCAAUUAGAACCUAAAAAAAGCACCAGCCCUAAAAAAGCUGCAGAGCCGACUGUUGAUCUUUUAGGACUCGAUGGUCCUGCUGAGGCACCAGUGACCAAUGGGAACACAACCACAGUGCCAGCCCUGAAUGAUGAUCUGGACAUCUUUGGACCAAUGAUUUCUAAUCCUUUACCUGCAACUGUCAUGCCCCCAGCUCAGGGGACGUCCUCUGUACCAGCAGCCGCCACUGUGUCUACAGUAACAUCUGGGGAUCUGGAUCUAUUCACGGAACAAACGACCAAGUCAGAAGAGGUGACAAAGAAACAACUCUCCAAAGACUCCAUCUUGUCCCUGUAUGGCGCAGGGACCGUGCAGCCACAGAGCGCUCCUGGUGUAUUUAUGGGACCCACAAAUAUACCAUUUACCUCACAAGCACCGACUGCAUUUCAAGGUUUUCCAUCAAUGGGUGUACCUGUGCCUGCAGCUCCUGGCCUUAUGGGCAAUGUGAUGGGACAGAGUGCAAGCAUGAUGGUGGGCAUGCCCAUCCCCAAUGGGUUUAUGGGAAAUGCACAAACUGGUGUGAUGCCACUGCCUCAGAAUGUGAUUGCCCCCCAAGGAGGAAUGGUUGGACAGAUGGGUGCACCCCCAAGUAAGUUUGGCCUGCCUCAAGCUCAACAGCCCCCGUGGAACCUGUCCCAGGUGAACCAGCAGAUGGCUGGCAUGAGUAUGGGCAGUGCGAGCCCUGCGCUGGGUUUUGCCCAGCCCCCCAGCACGACAGCAGGAUGGUCUGGAAGCUCAUCGGGUCAGACUCUCAGCACACAACUGUGGAAGUGAGGACUGCACACGAGUUUCAUCCAGAGCUACCACCUACAUUCCUUGCUGCAAUGCAUCUAGUUCCCCUGUUUAUUCAUGUACAUAUAUAUUUUUUCUUUUUCCCCAUUUGUUCACAUUAAGAAUUAUCUGAUUGACUGUGUUGGUUUGUACUGAUUAAAUUUGAUGUGAUGAAAAGCAGGUUGAGAAACUAUUUCAUGUCCAGGGCAGCUUUGCUCAUAGUUCUCAUAACUUCAUAAAUCACAUUAUUUGAGAAGCUGCAAAGUCAACUUGCAUAAUCAGUUUUACUCAAUAAAAUUAUAGCUCUAAUGUUUGCAUAUAAGGAAAAUAGUUAUCAUGUUAGUAAUACCUCUAACAGUAUAAACCCCACCCCCAAAUUAGCCAGUAAUCUUGUAGGAAGGUACUGUAUGAUCAAAUGGUUAAUCAUAAAUAGAAUGUAAAUGUAUCACUGAGCACUGUUUUCUAGUGUAUCAAAAUUUUUAUUUCAUCAUUUCCUUCACUGUGCUAUUGUUAUGAUGUGCUUAACAGGGAACGUGGUUAGUGAAAGGAAGAUAAACCUGGAUGUUACUAUAAAACUUAGUUUAACAAAUAUUUAAAGAAUUUGAAUUUUAUCUGCCUCUUGUAAUUUGGAUCUCCUCUUAUGUACAUAGUGCUAAUAUGACGACCUUUCUCUGCACUAUAUGCAAACAGGGUAACUAAACAAAGCCACUUUCAGUCCUUGAAGGUAUAUCCAGGUUUAUGACAGUAAUUGUGUUUACAUUUUAUGGUGCCUAGUAUUGACAAAAUGUUCUAUCCCUAUAUUAAAUAGAUGAAUCCAUA